UCUGUCGCAGGAGAUUGAUCAGCUGCCUGCCAUUUCAUUCAUUCAUUUACAUUCAGUCAAAAAUUUGUCACGCGUACGUGUGUGUUGGUUUCUUAAGUUUUAAUAAACAUUUUGAAAUUAAAAUUAUAAAUAAAUGUAAACUCAGCAAUCGUUUUGUAAUUCCAUUCCAUUAAAUAAUGAUAAAUAUAUGCUAAAUUAGUAAGAAGAGUGUUACAAAAUAUUGGUGUGACAAGUGUCCAAGUUUCUCUACGAUGUUGUGAAUUUGUGUGAUGAAAAUGAAAAUGAAGUGCUAUCUCGUGGAAAAAGUGGAAAUAUAUACAAUCAAGAGGUAACUUAGUUUUCGCAUGGACAAUGGAUGAUGAAGAAACAGACUUGCGGGAGCAAAUAUUCCACAACAAUGUGAGGGAGCAGAUCAUAUUUCUGAUCCUUUUCAUCCUACUGUACCUCUUCUCAUUCAUGCUAAUUGAGAAGUUCCGGAGACGUGACAGUGAGGAUUACUUCACUGGUGAUGAGGAUGAGGUUAAAGUGUACCGCAUCAGCCUGCUGCUGUGUACUGUGGCACUGGCAGUAUCAGUGGGGUCGACACUCUUGCUGCCUGUAUCAAUAGUCAGCAAUGAAGUCCUACUGUUGUACCCCAAUAGUUAUUAUGUGAAAUGGCUCAACAGCUCUUUAAUACAAGGUCUAUGGAACCACGUGUUCCUAUUUUCAAACCUGUCAAUGUUCGUAUUCCUGCCGUUCGCGUACCUAUUCUCGGAGUCGUCCGGAUUCCCUGGGUGCCGGGGUCUUCGGGGCAGGGUGUACGAGACGUUCACAGUAUUGGCGUUGCUUGGAGUCGCCAUGCUUGGGCUCGCGUAUGUAAUUUCGGCUCUACUGGAUGGAGACCGAUCAAGUAUUGACGCUUUGUUAAAUUUAUGGACGUACCUGCCCUUCCUGUAUUCCUGUGUAUCGUUCGUGGGUGUUUUGAUGUUGCUAGUAUUCACGCCACUCGGUUUCGUCCGUCUGUUCGGCGUGGUGGGCGGAGUGCUGGUGAAGCCGCAGUUCCUCAGGGAUCUCAACGAGGAGUACUACAUGUAUACAUUUGAAGAGGACACAAUCAGGCGGCGGAUCAACAAUGCCGUUUCUACAGGUUCAGGCUACAUCUCUCCUGAGCCAAUGUAUCCCGACAGAGGAGAUAUAUCAGCGUCCCCAGUGGACCUGGAUACCACGCUGCCCAAAGACAAAAAGAGUUCUCCUCAAGGGAAGGAAACUCCAUUAUUGAAACUACGGAACGGCGCGCUACAGGCGGGACUCGGUGAGAGACUACAGAGGGUCGUCGCUAAGAGAAAGGAAGUGGAAAAUCAACGCAAGACGUCAUCCCUGCAAAGAAAUGUGGUGUACCCGCUGGCAAUGCUUCUCCUACUGGCUCUCACCACCAUCACCGUACUCAUGGUGCUCCAGAACAUUCUAGAACUACUUAUUGGAUUGAAGGCCUUGCCGCUUAGCACGAGACAAUUCACCCUCGGCAUAGCGUCUCUAUCAAAGCUUGGCUGGGCGGGUGCCGCCCUGGAAGCAGUCCUGAUCCUGUACCUCCACGCGGCGUCGCUUACGGGGCUGACGGUGCCGAUGCGGGCGCUGCGCGUGCUGCCGCGCGCGCGCCGCACGCCGCUCGCGCGCAUCAUCGCGCACAGCGCCUUGUUGCUCGCGCAUUCUACUGCGCAGCCGUUGCUUGUUAAGAUAUUAGGUAUAACGAACUUCGAUUUACUAGGCGAGUUCGGCCGCAUCGAGUGGCUCGGUAAUUUCAAACUCGUCUUAUUAUACAACGCUAUAUUCGCGGCCACCGUAACACUUUGCCUCGUGAGCAAGUUCACGGCGAGCGUGCGUCGCGAGCUCUACAACAGACUCAAGUGGAUAGCUGAGCAAUUUUCUGUUCCUGAUGAAACUAUAUCCAACAAGACACUUAACACUACUGCAGCAUCACUGGAGAGGACCCUCAACAUGGACAAGACAGAAAUGGCAACAAAGACAGGGCAACUUAAAUCUGAAUGAAAAGUGAAUUGACAAUUGUUUAUUGGGCAAAAUAUAGAAAAUCAUGCUGACAUUUUUUAAAUACUAAAAUUCAAUUUAUCAAUAAAAGUAUAAAAUUUAUCAUGAGGCUAUGUCAAAUGAUGUAAAUUUCUUUUUAAUGACCUGAAAUUAUGGAAAUAUUCUAUUUUAACUAUAUUGGCCUAAAGGGGUAAUAGUUUCUAUAAUUAAUCAUACAUUUUUCAUUUGAAGCUUAUCUGUGAUUAUUUUUAAAGUAGUAAGUAUUAUACAUAAAUGAACUUUUUGAUGAUUAAUAUUUUUUGUAUAUAAGAAUGAAAUAAAAGAACAUGAAUUAAGA